AUGUAUGAGAGUCAAACGAAAAACAUGUUUUUAACCCGAGCACUGGAGAAGAUUUUAGCCGAUAAGGAGGUGAAAAAAGCUCACCAUUCCCAGUUGCGCAAAGCCUGUGAAGUGUCACUAGGUGAGUUUAAUUGUGACAACAAUGUGUUAGUUUGGGAUGUCAUCAUCAUUUGUCAUUGGCUACACAUCGUGCUACUGCACCCACAUCGGCUCGUGCAUGCCACGAACUCCCCGGUUCGAAACAUGAAGUGCAUACAUUGUAGCAUCAAUAUGGAAUGCGUUCUAAACAAGCAUUGCUGCGCUGCAGAAUCGAGAUUCGAUUCAAAUACUGAGCCGUAAACUAGCUUAACAGAAAUCAAGCAAGAUCACUACCAGAUAUGUAGUUUGUUAUGAUGCUUGUUGUCAUCUGCGUUGUAGCCUAGGAGAGGGCGCAGAAUGAGAGGGGUGGUAUACUCAUACCACAUUGUGACCCCAACCGUAUCCCCUGUGCCUUCCAAAGCCGGUGUUAAUAAUGUUGUCAAUGUUUACUGUUUACAUUGGCAGAUUCAUUGUUUACAUGGGCAGAUCACACAAAUGCAAAUAUGGUAUUGAUUGCAAUUGAUUGAAUUCUCUAAGGAGAUUAAACAUGGUACAAACAUUAUUUUCAUUCAGGAUUACCAUUUGAAUUUGAUGAACAAAACUAGACAGGGGAUGUCAAAUGGCACCCUAUUCCUUAUAAAAUACACUACUUGUAACCAGAGGCCUAUGGGCCCUGGACAAAAGUAGGGCUGGCACAAUAAUCGUAUUAUCGUGUAACCGACAAUAACCGUGAACUAAGGAAAAUAAUCAUCUUAACGCAUUCAUUUUAGGAGAGAAUUCAACUUUCAACUUUAUUUUCAAGUAGAUACAGUGGGGGAAAAAAGUAUUUAGUCAGCCACCAAUUGUGCAAGUUCUCCCACUUAAAAAGAUGAGAGAGGCCUGUAAUUCUCAUCAUAGGUACACGUCAACUAUGACAGACAAAUUGAGAAGAAAAAAAUCCAGAAAAUCACAUUGUAGGAUUUUUUAUGAAUUUAUUUGCAAAUUAUGGUGGAAAAUAAGUAUUUGGUCACCUACAAACAAGCAAGAUUUCUGGCUCUCACAGACCUGUAACUUCUUCUUUAAGAGGCUCCUCUGUCCUCCACUCGUUACCUGUAUUAAUGGCACCUGUUUGAACUUGUUAUCAGUAUAAAAGACACCUGUCCACAACCUCAAACAGUCACACUCCAAACUCCACUAUGGCCAAGACCAAAGAGCUGUCAAAGGACACCAGAAACAAAAUUGUAGACCUGCACCAGGCUGGAAGACUGAAUCUGCAAUAGGUAAGCAGCUUGGUUUGAAGAAAUCAACUGUGGGAGCAAUUAUUAGGAAAUGGAAGACAUACAAGACCACUGAUAAUCUCCCUCGAUCUGGGGCUCCACGCAAGAUCUCACCCCGUGGGGUCAAAAUGAUCACAAGAACGGUGAGCAAAAAUCCCAGAACCACACGGGGGGACCUAGUGAAUGACCUGCAGAGAGCUGGGACCAAAGUAACAAAGCCUACCAUCAGUAACACACUACGCCGCCAGGGACUCAAAUCCUGCAGUGCCAGACGUGUCCCCCUGCUUAAGCCAGUACAUGUCCAGGCCCGUCUGAAGUUUGCUAGAGUGCAUUUGGAUGAUCCAGAAGAGGAUUGGGAGAAUGUCAUAUGGUCAGAUGAAACCAAAAUAGAACUUUUUGGUAAAAACUCAACUCGUCGUGUUUGGAGGACAAAGAAUGCUGAGUUGCAUCCAAAGAACACCAUACCUACUGUGAAGCAUGGGGGUGGAAACAUCAUGCUUUGGGGCUGUUUUUUCUGCAAAGGGACCAGGACGACUGAUCCGUGUAAAGGAAAGAAUGAAUGGGGCCAUGUAUCGUGAGAUUUUGAGUGAAAACCUCCUUCCAUCAGCAAGGGCAUUGAAGAUGAAACGUGGCUGGGUCUUUCAGCAUGACAAUGAUCCCAAACACACCGCCCGGGCAACGAAGGAGUGGCUUCGUAAGAAGCAUUUCAAGGUCCUGGAGUGGCCUAGCCAGUCUCCAGAUCUCAACCCCAUAGAAAAUCUUUGGAGGGAGUUGAAAGUCCGUGUUGCCCAGCGACAGCCCCAAAACAUCACUGCUCUAGAGGAGAUCUGCAUGGAGGAAUGGGCCAAAAUACCAGCAACAGUGUGUGAAAACCUUGUGAAGACUUACAGAAAACGUUUGACCUGUGUCAUUGCCAACAAAGGGUAUAUAACAAAGUAUUGAGAAACUUUUGUUAUUGACCAAAUACUUAUUUUCCACCAUAAUUUGCAAAUAAAUUCAUUAAAAAUCCUACAAUGUGAUUUUCUGGAUUUUUUUUCUCUCAUAGUUGACGUGACUAUGAUGAAAAUUAUAGGCCUCUCUCAUCUUUUUAAGUGGGAGAACUUGCACAAUUGGUGGCUGACUAAAUACUUUUUUCCCCCACUGUAUACAGUAGUUUACCCAAUAGCAGUUUUAAUUUUUUACAUGAAUAAGAUAAAGUUAGUCAUCAUUUUAGGAGCAGAACAGCAUGGUCGGUAGGAGAAGCUUUAUUUCCGGGGUGUCACCAAAGCUGUAUUGUAUUCAUUAGGUGUGUCAUAGCUAAUUUUCAAAGAUGCAUUAUGAUAUAUUAUGAGCUCAAAACAUUUUCCAUCAAAAAUAAUUAUGACAAUAACCAUGGCCAUUACAAUUAAUAGUUACUCAAAAUUCCAUAAUCGUCACAGCCCUGGUCAAAAGUAGUGCACUAUAAAGGGAAUAGGGUGCCAUUUGGGAUGCAACCAUAACAGUUACUGACAUAAUAGUAGGGUAUUUUCGCUAGCCCAAUAUUAGACCUCUGAUUAAUUAUUUAAUUAUGCCAAUCUUUUGUUCUAGCUUUGCGCGCACACACUUCCUUUACUUCCCGUCUGGGGCAGCACCUGCCCCUUUUGCAGGACUCAUUAGCUCACAACAGACAGGUGUGAACCACAGACAAGUGUGUGCGCAAAGCAAAAAAAAAAAAAACCUUGCCAUCCAUAGACUGCUUACAGGGUAAGGAAACCAAUAUGUAUUUGUGUCAUAUGGGUCAACUAUCCCUUUAACAUUGUUCACACUUUUUUCACUUAAUAGCAGCAACAACACCAUCUAGUGGUAAGACCUGGUAAUAUCAGGAUGUAUUAUGGGACAUAAACCUAACAACAUCAAUGACUAGUUUCUCUGAACAGGGGGGAAAAGCUAGUGGGUACUAUUUAUAUUUAAUAUAAUAUCAGUCCUAUAAAUUAAAAUGGCCAAUUUAGGUGCAAUCAAUUAGUUAAUCUUCCAGAGAUCAAAUUAUAUAUAAAUAUUUUGGUCGCCGGAAUACUUAUCUUAUCUGUUUCUAACUGCAGAAACCAUUUCAGAACAAUCUGAGAUGGUGGGUGCCAUGGCUUGCUGAAAUGACAUGGAAUGACCCGUAUGACACACAUAGACUUACACACUGCCUAUCAUGCAUCGCUUAUACCCUCCUAAGUAUACUGUAGAUCAAAAGUGAAAUAUUAAUCUUUGCCCUGCUGAAGGCAGAUGUCCAAAGCACACGUGUCCAGUCUUGAUAAUUCGGGAAAAUUUUAUUUUUAAUUUCCGUCUCAAGACUAGAAACCCAUUCAAUAAAUAAUGUAUUAUUUGCUGUGGCACCACUGAUUAAUUAAUUAUUGUUCACCUGCAGUGUUAAUGAGAGGGGUAACACGUCUGAAGUCUGUUCUUUGUUUGCAUCCCACAUGGCACCCUAUUUCCUAUGUAGGGAACUAGUUUUGACUAGGGCCCAUAGGGCUCUGGUCAAAAGUAGUGCAUUAUGGAAUAGGGUGCCAUUUGGGACGUACACUGGAUUGUGUUCUCACUGGUUCGAGGCAGGUAUGGGGACGGGGACAGUGGAGGAAGCUAUACUGUUAGAAGCACACUGAAGUUCGUUUCACUCCCCCUCUCCAGGUGAUACAGUACAAACAGUGGAGCUAUGAUGAUCUUUGUUUUCAGUAGAGGCUGUCAUCUCAUCUCUAGACAUCUAAAGCAUGCUGAUACAACGUUGAUGAACUGAGAGCGGAUGUAGUCAGCUUAUUAGUGUUUGAACUGUGUCUCUCCCUCUCCUAGUUGGCAGAGACUAAAUAAUAGGGGAGCACUGUAUCUAUGUUAUAAUGAAAUAUAUUUUACCUUAGCUUUGUUGUGAUCAGCCUGUAGAUUCAAGUGAACAUUUAGGUAGAUGGUCAAGGAGAAUGUGUUGUCCAUAGUGAUAUUUUAAACAGUUCACUCUUAACUUUUAGCAUGCAUCCCAAAUAGCACCCCAUAGGGCUCUGGUCAAAAGUAGGUCACUAUAUAGGGAAUAGAGUGCCAUUUGGGAUGCAGUUAAGUAUUUUCCAAACAAUUGAGAAGUGGUUUAUUGAACUAAAACAGAGGGUCUUUGUACACCACCACCCUCCAUAUGAGCACCCAUAACCCCCAUCAUCUGCAGUGUAAGAUCAUGAUAAUAACAUUACAAGAUGGCUGCCAUCCAAGAUUAAACCUAGUAGAUGAUGACCAUGACCCCCAACCUCACCUUCACUGGCUGUAGAUUGGCUGCUCGACCGUGGAGUCGCAGACAGAUACUGGAUGUUUCAUUAGCCGCAUUAAAUGCCUGGAUGACCUGCUGCCUCUUUACUUGGUUUUGGGGGUAAAAUAUGGUGCAGAUGUUUUCUCAGAUUGUUUACUGAUUGCCUUUGGGGUUGACAUGUCAUGGGGGUGCAUUUGUGUCUUCUGCAUUCCACCGUACACUAGGCUAGUUAUUUAGUUAAUUUUCAUUCUGUAUUGAUUGAGUCUGGUACGCUAUUUAGCUGUCGGUGCCUCCCUUUACUUUGUAAUGUAAAUGAUGGAGGAGGAGUGGAGGGUAUCUCUGUAUCUGCCAUGGUCCAAAGUAUUGAACUAUGUAGGGAGUUGGUUUGUGGUUAUAGAUUGGCUGGUUGGUGGAGGCUAGGAGUGAUGAUGUCACUGACAUGAGGCCAUUGGUGAUGAUCUCAUCAUGACUCAUGAAGGACUCAUGAAAUGGACAGUAGCUCCUAUGCAGAGAUAUGUAAUAUUAUAUUACAGUAUUGGAUCUUUUUUUCUCCUGUUCAAAGACUCAGAGCAUCUCAACUGUAAUUGUAAUGGGAGUUUUUUUUAGCUGGAUUAAAAUGGGGCUUAGGUGAUUGGCGUGACAGUGUCAGUGGCCAAUGCCGCUGUCUGCGACAGGACAUUUUAGAGGCCCUUAACCGCAGAGACAAAAUGUAGCUGUUUUAAAGCUAAUUUCCAAAAUUCUACACAUUUUGUCAUGCCUUAUGCCUUGUUCUUAUGCUAUCUGAGGGACUCAAACAUUAGAACAAAAUCAAUAGGGGCCCCAUGCCAUGCCAAAAAUACUCCUGAAUGCAUAAUAUUUGUAAUUUUAGAUGCUCCCUGACUGUCUAGUAUUUAUUUUGGUGAUUUGUUAUUUCCCCAAGAUGAUCUUAUAAAAAAAAUAGGUAUAUGAUCUUUUCUACAUACUUUAUAUCUGUUUUUAGUCAUUUAAGUUUACACUGAAAAUUAUUUACCAUCCUGAAAAUGAUUUACAAAAAAACACUUUUUUCCUUCUCGUUUCUACUGUUUGGACUUAGGCGGCCCGAAAAAACACUUAGGCGACCCUCCAAAUGCUUCUCUAUACAGACAAAACCCUGAUUGCCAGCCUACUUCAUUAUCUGUAUGGAGUGUUCAAAUCUCCUAAUCUUCUAUGAAGGUCAAGGGCAGGAAUUUAUAGUCGUGGAGGACAUGGGCUAAUUUGACAAAGUGCCCAUGCCUUCAUGUAAUGAAGCUCUCUACUACUGGGGUAUUACAUUGGCUGUUGAUGUAUUGACCUUGAUAAUUGUUCAUGUAGUAAUAGCAGCAUCAUACAGGUCAUGCAGGGCCAAUAUCAUGGCUCUUUGGUUCAUUGUUUCUCUCUUUCUGUUUACAGAGGAAAUUAAAGAAGAAACAGAGAAACUGAGGUAGGUUUAUUUUGAGAUAUAGUGUGUGUGUGUGUGUGUGUGUGUGUGUGUGUGUGUGUGUGUGUGUGUGUGAAAUGUCAUCUGUAGUAAAUAAUGUCAAGGUUUGUUUUGAUGUGUCUCGUUUUCUCCCCCAAUCCCUUUGUUGUGAUUGGUUAAUAACCAGAUGGGCCAGUGAACUGAAGCUCAAUGCAGCUCGGUGACCCACACAUCUCCCGCUGCCUUCUGUGUGGCGGUUUCAUUUCUUUCACACCUGAACUCUCACAAGUCCUAGUCACCACCCCAGACCCCAUGCUGAAACACUGACCAGGCACACUCCCAAGUGAUUCCAAAAUAGCUUUUUAUCCCCUAUAUAGUGCACUAUAUAGGGAAAAGGCUGCCAUUUGAGGCACACACACUAUAGCACAGCAGUCUAUGAAGCUUUAAUCACUCCUCACUCAAUGUUAAAAACAAGACACUUUUUGAUUUAUUGACAAAAACAAAUGUGCGUUGGGGAGAUGAACGCCUCUCGAGUCUGAGAUAAUAUACAAAUAAAGUUUAUUACAAAACAUGACUCAGCUUAUCUGCUUCAUAGCCAGCCUUGUUAAAGUUUGAGGAAAUGAGAGGGAGGAUGGAGCCGAGACGAGAAGUGUGAUAAAGAAGAGUGACUCAGUACUGAUGGUCAGCAUCCCCCACCUAACUGACAAUGGCUACAUCCUGAUUCUCUACCCUUCUCCUGAAGUGUGCACUUGCACACGCCCCCUCAUGGAUUUGAAAGCAUUGGAUUGAUAUAAGCAUUGGCUGUAGGGAGUUUCCACCAUUGUUCCAUUGGAGGCAGUGUUCAAGUGCACACUUCUGGAGAAAGGUAGAGAAUCGGAAUGCACCAAGUGUGUUUGUGACAGUGUCCACCAAGCCGACACUGGUACUCCUCUCCUGACCUCCUCCCGAUCUCGCUAACCUUCUCUGCAGUCUGCACGCAACUCUACUUCCAGCUGCCUACCUGAAUGAAUCACAGCAAUGCUAAUGUUUACAGUGGACCUUAGGAGCAUCAAUAUGACUGUAGCAUGGAGGCCUAUUGGGGGCAGUUGGCCAUUGCUCACGAGGAACAAACGUUUCAUAUUAGAUGGUUGAAUUCUUCAGACGUUUGUUUGGCCUAAUGUUUUAACCAUUUAGUUGUCACUCUGUAUUCCCCCUUUAGUCCCCCUCCUGGAGACAACAAUGCUUAUUCCAGUGCUCUACCACCGGUCAAGUCUAAGGAUACCGUCGUAGAAGCAGACAAGUACUUCCUGCCGUUUGAGUUAGCCUGCCAGUCCAAAUGUCCUCGCAUCGUCAUCACAUCUCUAGAUUGUUUACAGGUCAGUAGCAGGUUACACUACACACACACACACACACACAUUACACACAUUACACACACACACACACACAGAUUCAGUAAACAUAUGUCUUAUCUUAUGCAAAUGGAAGUUAUUAAAUGUCUACAGUAUUUAUCUGGAUUAUUGUAUCAUACACAGUUAAGGUAAGGUUUAUCCUCACUUUUCUUUCUCCAGAAACUCAUUGCUUAUGGCCACCUCACUGGAAACGCUCCAGACAACACUACACCUGGAAAGAGGUUAAUCGAUAGAAUCAUCGAGACCAUAUGUGGCUGCUUUCAAGGCCCUCAGACAGACGAAGGUGUUCAGCUGCAGAUUAUAAAGGUGUGUGGUCUAUGA